GGUCUAUGUCCGUGUGCAGGUGCGACUGCGAGUGUGUGUGUGUGUGUGUGUAAACCAUCCAUCUGGCCGUCUCCCGCAGCACAAACGCUAUCAUGUUCUUAUGCAUGAAAUCCUUUCCAGGAGCUUUGCACUAUCUGCUGUAUGUUGUUUGCGGUUCGGUCAACACUGUCUCCUCAUGUCCCCCGCCCCAUCAUCACUGUUUUUCACUUACAACACACUCUCUCACACACUGACAGUGCCUGCCGAUGGCAUGCAGCAGUGACGAGUUAAAAAAGCUCCUCCUGUUUGUUGUUGACUGGCUCCAGCCACCCUCUCCCUCUCUCCAGCCCUGAGGCUGAGCCAGUGCUAUAAUUAUUUGAUCAUGUGGUAUUAUUAUCUGUAAUAAAUGCAGAGCCGUCUUACAGUAAUCAAGCUGAUUAAAAAUUCUUGCGCGCCAGCCGGAAAUUGUCCUCCCUCCUCUCUCUCACUCUCUCUCUCUCCCCCUUUUUUUUGUUAUUUUCUUGAACAAAUUGCUCUGACAGUUACAAGGAGUGAUGCAAUCGAAAGGCAGCCCAAGCCAGGCAGAGCCCGGGUGCACUGUCGCUGCCUGAAAAAGACCGUGAUGUUUUGGAAGGGUUAUUUUCUCAGCACUGAGAGGAGAAAGGGAAGAGAAGAGGAGUGAUGAGUCUCAAAGCAACUAAUAAUUUAAUGUGAAGCCGCUCGGCUCCGUCCUGACUGAGGAAGAGAGAGAGAGAGAGAGAGAUUCAGGGGCAGCCGUCACCACACCAGAGCUUGCACUGGACUUUUAAACAACAGCAAAAAGUCCACGACUUUUUGGGUUUGAAUACAAUAUAUGUCACGUUUUGUGUCCCAAGUUCCUCCUUUUUAAUCUUAAUAUUAACUGUCUUUUCCAACUAGUCACUUUCCCUUCUCUCCACCACUAAACACGAAGAUCAUUUAAAAAAAACAAUUUCAAAAGAAAAAAAAACAAAUACUAUUUCGGAGCUAUAUACUGUCCAGAAACCAACCGGUCCGGCUGUUAGUUUUCGCGAAGAGUCCGAUCUGGAGAGUUGCUAUUUUUCUUAUGGCUUGGAAGUUUGCCUUUUAGCUCCGCGCAGAGAAGUGGGUGAUCUCUGAGAGUUGGUGAGCAUGGAAAAGCCCAGUGAAACAGUGCAAGUGAAGGAGAAUUCAGAAAAAAACAACAAUCUCAUUGAUCCUAAAGGUCCCCCGGCUAAGAUACCCCGCCUGGACCAGAAUGGGAGUCUCUCCACCCGCAGCAGACUGGGUAGCAUGGGUGCCAAAGUGACUGGAGGCUCACUCAAACACACGGGCCAGCUGGUGAAAAUCGGUAAUAAAAAAGGAAAUAUGCUCCCUGUUUUCUGUGUGGUGGAACACUUUGAAAGCCCUAUUGAGUAUGAAAGUAAGGAAGAACAUGCAGAGUUUGUUCUGGUACGGAAAGACAUGUUAUUUAACCAACUAGUGGAGAUGGCACUGCUUUCUCUUGGAUAUUCCCACAGUUCUGCUGCUCAGGCUAAAGGUCUGAUCCAGGUUGGGAAGUGGAAUCCAGUCCCUCUCUCAUAUGUGACAGAUGCACCGGAUGCCACAGUAGCAGACAUGCUGCAGGAUGUGUAUCAUGUGGUCACACUGAAAAUUCAGUUACACAGUUGCCCAAAAUUGGAAGACUUGCCACCUGAACAAUGGACUCAUACAACUGUCAGAAAUGCUCUAAAGGAACUACUGAAGGAAAUGAACCAGAGCACACUUGCAAAAGAAUGCCCCCUCUCCCAGGUCACUAAAAUGCAGCAACAAAAAUCCCAAAGCAUCAGCAAGUGUAAGUUGGAUUUGCAACUAAUUACUUUGGACUAGAUCAUCAGGAGGUGCUGACCCAGACACUACACUAAUACCAAUAUAAUAUCGGUGUCAGUUUAAAUUGUUUACUUCUGGAUCAGAAUAUUCUGGAUUUGAGCCCUGCAGCAAGACUUGAAAGUAUAAUUUAGGCUGAUGUGGCAGUCUCGGAGUGAAGGAAUUCAGACCUAUUGAAUGCUGCAGUCCUCUUAUCAGAAUUCAAACCAGGGCCCCACCCAUCUCUUCAGGAGGCUGUUAUAGAUCCCGUUGCAUUGUUCAAAGAACAGCAAUUUAUUCAGCAAUGAGUUUGCUCCAAACCCUGGCUAACAUUGUUCAGCAGUCAGUAUCAGUGAAACAAGUGAUUUAUCUCAUUGCCAUUUGGAAGAUGUUAACAACGUAAAAAAAUAGGAGUAUGAGUAGGCCAUUCAGCCUAUCAGUCUCUCUGUCGUUCAAUAUGAUCAUGGCUAAUUUGACCGUAUCUUUAAUGUCACUUUCCUGUCUGCCCUGCAUAACCUUUGACUUCCUUGUUACUGUUGCAGAAUUGGUGUUGCAUUAUUUGCAUGACGACUGUCAUUGCACUCCAGAAAAAUAAAAGUCAGUUCACCAAAUGAAGCAUUUGAGUUGUUUUAAUGUAAUGAAACUCCACAUGUUUAUUUAGUGAACUUGUCUUCUCACCACUAUCCUCUAAAACUGUUUCACCUCAUAAGCCAGUAUUCUAUUUUCCCUUUUGUGUUUUCCAUUCCCUUUUUCCAAC